AUCUAUCCAUCUAACCAUCUAUCUAUUCAAAGAAUUAUAAUUAAAAUGGAAGCCAAUACUAGUGCAUAUAAUCACGAUGACAGCUGUGCUUUGUCAAUCAACCUUCUUAAGAUGAAGGUCGAGCGGGAUGAAGGUCUCCUCCCAGAGAAGAAGAAUGAAAUUCUCAAGUCCUUGGACCAGUUGAUGUCUGUUUCUGUGGAAACUGCCAAAUUUGUCGUGGCCAACUUGCACGGUUUGUUUACUAAAACAAAUGAAGAAGCGGUUAGUGGUGAGCCAACUGUCUCUCAAGAAACAGAUGUCGGUAGCGUUGCUUCAAUAAAGAGACAUGGACGACCUGGUAGGCGAUCAGUAAAACGCGCAAAGACUGCAAGCCCUUCAAUGGUUGCCAAAUCCUAUAUGUCAAGUGGUUCACUCGCAGCUGUAGCAACUGCCAAACAUUCUGUAGCGGCUACAAAGGCUUUAAUAAUACAGCACUUGGAGCGAUUAUUGUCUGCUGAUGGCUUCAACCCGAGAGCAGUCCAGCUGCAUCAGCAACAGCAAGCAUUAUGUAGCCGCGUGUUGUAUCGAUGAAGAGAUCACUGCUGAAUAUUACAUAAUAAAACCGAAGUACGCUUCGUUAUUGAUAGUUAUAAUUAAAUGGCAGGUUACUUCACGUACAUGAUCUAUUGGUACUUCAGUCUAGAAUUUACAUUGUUGAUUGAGGUG